AUGUCUAGCAUUCAGAAAGACGACUUGGUCCUCAACGCCAUACCUUCCGGCAAUGUUUCCCAAACCUCUCGAUAUCCUCAUAUUUUGAUGCCAGAGUCAUCGAAGGGCGGGGACUCUUGGGAACUCCCGAAACCCAGUCAUACUGCGGUAGAUGUCAUCGUCUCCGCAAUCAACUUUUGGAAACCUUCCGCACUCCAGAAAUUGUUGGAUCUCAGCACGCCCCGAUUUUUCUGGUCGGCAACAUCUUGCUGUUGGAGUGACGACGGAUUUAGCACGUUAUAUAUUGAACGAUCCUGGCAACACAUUCGCGUUGCUUCGGACCUUGUUGGGCUAUCGUACCACAUUCACAAUGAUGGAAUAUGGCAGUUGCUGGCAGCUCAUAUGGACAAGGGUAGAUAUACCAAUCAUUGUUCCGAUGAAUCAGACAAGGAAAUAGUUAAGCUCCAGCAAUAUGAAAAGUCCUUGGCUGAGGAUAUUUCAAAUUACUUCCCAUGGAACCCGCGGGAAUCAGAAAAGUACUAUUUUCUUAGUUACAUCAUCACAAAAGAAGGUCGGCGUAUUGACAGCGAUGAAUUCGACACUACUGCCAGCGAUAUAACCGCGACACAAGAAGAUUCCGAGGCAGCGAAGGCGAAUACCGAGGCUAUGGUGAAAAUCACAAGCGAACUCGCCGAGAUCAAACAAACGCUUCGGAAGAUGUUGGAAGAAUCGGGUGCUUUGAAAAAGAGGAAGCGUGCGGGAUAUAUUUCGGCCGCUUUUCCCACAAUAUCAUCAGCGAAUUUCAGAGGUAGCAUCAAGAAAACCGAUUUUCUCAAUGUCUCUCUCCCAGCAAACACUCCCCAGGACCACCCCUAUAUCAAUGAAUUCAACAUCGAAAAGGGAAGCACACCUGUGGCUGAUUUGACUGCCAUCGAUGCCAUUGCUACUGUUCUGUGCCAUAAGAAUCCGCAGUGCCUCCAGAAACUGCUUGAUAUGAAUGUACUCGUAAAGCUCAGUGUUGUCCAUGUAGAUAAUAUUGGUCUUCAUGAGGAACGAGGUUACUCGAGUACAUUCAAAGGAGAUGGAGCCUUUGGUUCUUUGGGUGUGGUUUGGAAUCAUGGAGGUCUGGCGGGAUGCAAGAGGGAGGAUCAGGCCUUGGCUAUGGUCAUCCUGUCAGAUGACGAGCCGCGAUGGAAGAAUAUUGAAAAGUGGGAAGAGCAGAGGAAGGAAUGGGAGGAGGCGAAGAGAACUGACGAUACAGAUCGGUUGAAGUAUUUGGAGGUCGACGAACACUGGUUCGACUAA